AUAUCGGCCCACACUUAGCGUACAAUACAAACAGGCAACACCGCAACAGUAGUACGUUAACGUGGGCAAAUUUCAGAUCAACCAAAUGUUUAAAUUCUUUUUCUUUUGGAGUUCAGUUUCGGUUACCUUCUUCUUCGUCAAGGCAUGAAUGCGCGAUUAAAUUGAAGUGAAAACAGAGGAGAAUUAUUCGGAGCAGUAUCACUUAUCAUUUCACCGAAAUUUGCUGGAAUAGCGACAAGAGUUUCAUUACAAAAUCCAUAAUUAAUCGGACCUGCACAAAAUCAGAAUCAAUCUGGUCUUCUGGAAAUAAUUUUAGUGAGGCGUUUUUGGCGAUCAAUUGAUUCAAUCAGAACCCUUAUUUUCAAGUAAAAAUGGGGAAUGAUUGGCAACGAAAAUGGGGAAACGUGAGAUCUUUCUUGGGAAAUGCAACGGGAGGUUUAAGAGGCGGUUCCAAUUUAGCUUCGUGGGUAGUAGCUGGUACUUUAGCUUAUUUUCUCUGGAUUAAACCUUCUCAAGAUCUCAAGCGUCAACAAGAGGAACGGGCUGCACUUGCUGCGGCAACGCCAGAUCCUUAUAGGUACAUUGAGAAGCGCAAACCCGUUCCUGAUCCUCAGGAAACUGGGUUAAGAUACGGCAACAAGAAUAAACCCAAAGAAUCUGAGUGAGGGUUUUGAAAAUAUUGCUCUUUCUUGUAAGUUAACAAGUGUUGUUGGACGUUGGUGUUCUUCUUACUUGAGCUGUGAAUUAUAAAUACGAGAUUGUAGUUUGUCACUGGUGUGUGUAGCUUCUUGGCCAGUUAAAUUUUGUGAAUUCAUAUAUAUUGCUUUAACUUAGUGAGAUAUGCCUAUACUGUUAGCUGAUUUGGCAUUUGAGAAGAGUGUUCAUCAUUGUUUCACUCACAUAAUACUUCCAAGGGUACUAAUGUUGUAUGAAAACUUGUGUUUGCGCUCCUGAUGGUUAGAUCAUACUUUUUGUAACGAAUAAAUAAAAUGAACCUUUGAAAUUGA